CACACACAGAUAUGUAUACAGCUCGUUCUCUUCAUAAACACUCACAGCUCCUCAUGUGUGCAGCAGUGGAAACUUCUGACAGCUCGCUGUAAACUCACAUCCCCUCACACACACACACACACACACACACACACACUGAUGUCAUCCUGUAGGCAGCGGCAGAAUGAAUCGCCCUCGGCGUUGCGCGCGCACACACUCACCUGACGCGCGCUCCCGCUCUCCUGCGCGGAUCAAGCGAGUGGUUUCCACGAGAGACUGAAAUGAGCCUCGUCGUGGAGAAACUGCCGAGCGCGUGAUCUGAUGUGUGUUCAUGAUGCACGCGACGCUGUUCCUGUCUCUCGUUUGUGUUCGCGCGGCCGCGGGUUCGAGCACACUCAGCUCAUCUGGACCGCUGCUUCUGUCUGAUGGAUUGUGUCAGUAUGGAUGGAUGAGAACUUUAAAGGGUCAAUGCAGACCCGUGUGUGAGUCGGGCUGUAAACACGGUGAGUGUUUUGGACCGGAUCAGUGCCGCUGUCAUCCAGGAUAUACGGGCAAGACCUGCAACCAAGAUGUGAACGAGUGUGUAUUCAGGCCGUGUAAGUACAGGUGUAUGAACACACCGGGCAGCUACAAAUGCUACUGUCUCAACGGUUACAUGAUGAUGGCUGACGGCUUGUGUCGCAAUGCUCGUACGUGUGCGAUGGCUAACUGUCAGUACGGCUGUGCGGUGAUGAAAGGCAAGGUCAGAUGUCAGUGUCCGUCUCCAGGACUGCGUCUCGCUCCUGACGGCAGGACGUGUGUCGAUGUGGAUGAGUGCGUGACGGGUCAGGCCUCGUGUCCCAGGUUUCGUAAGUGUGUGAACACGUUCGGUAGUUACGUCUGCAGGUGUCAUGAAGGCUUUGAGCUGCGGCACAUCAACGGAAAAUACCACUGCACAGAUAAAAAGUUUUUGUCUAUUUGCUAUGACAAGCCCGGACACAAGAGAUGCAAGUGCACAGCGAGUGUGAAUGGAAAGGGUCACGACUGCAGAUCUGUUGUUAAAGUCACCAUUGAGCCUGCAAGACCAGUCACAGUCAGCCCCACAACCAUCUCCACGGCAACAACUCCCAUGACAACUACAACGACAACAACUACACCCACUUCCAGCACUACUGUUACCAUAGCAACCUCUGUUCCGACAAGCGCUGCCCUGACGACAGUAACACCAACGACUGUUGCUAUAACAACAACAGCGUCAACUACAACAGCCUUCACAACUGUUGCUACGACAACAAGUCCAACUACAACGUCCACAUCACCGGCAUUGACAACUACAGACAGGUUUCCAACGACAACCAGCGUCAUAACAACUACAACAACAACAACAACAACAACAACACUAGACAACCGCAUUCACAGGGAGAACACAGUGAAGCCACGAGGAGAUGUACACAUUCCUCAUUACGAGAACAAUCUGUUCGACUGGGACUUUGACGUUGAGCUGGGAAACACGACGGAGUUCGUACGCGAUGAUCCAGCCGCCGCUGUUGUCAGCUGCUCAUUUGAUGAGGGUCUCUGUGUUUGGAUGACGGACUCAGAAGGAGAUCUGAAAUGGGAAAUCAAAGAGGAUCCGGCCGGUGGGCGGUACCUGUCAGUACCUGAUGCUCCGAACAGACGGAGUGUCAAAGGGGCGAGGCUUACGGUGCUGCUGGCUCCUCCCACAAAGGCGUGGCAGGGCGGCGACCUCUGCCUUUCAUUUAAAUACCGUCUCCAUGGACACCACAUCGGCUCUCUGCAGGUGUUUGUCAGAAAGGGGCGGAGUCACAACCCAUCCAUCUGGACCAGGACUGGAGGACACGGCUGGAGACACGCCCACGUCACUCUUUGGGGGCGUGGCCUUGUUGAUAUUGUGCUGAAGGCAGAGAGACGGCGAGGGAAACAUGGAGAAAUCUCUGUGGAUGAUUUUAGUCUGAGACGAGGAGCCUGCAGUGAUGAACAGGACAGGACAGAGUGACACACACACACACACACACACACACACAGAUUGUGUGUAAUGAAACGCUCUUGCAGAAGUGGACAGGUCAACAUUCAUAUGCAUGAGGACAUCCACAGCUUUAUUUGCUGUUUUAUGACCAAGAAUUUGCAGAUUUGUGCAGAAUUAUUCAUGUUUAUUAAAUAUUAUUAGUCAUUCUGCUUUCAUAUUACAAUAAGAAUGUUGUAACUAUCAAUUACAUUUAACAUAAUUGACACAAAUACUCUUAUUUUAUUUUCGUGUGAAAAUAUGUCCAGGUCACAUUUCAGAGAAAAGAUAUGCAUUUUCCAUUAAAGUGACAUUAUUAGGAUUAUAGCAGGAUUUCUGUAUAUUGUCUAUUUCAAUGCAUUCAGACUUUUGAGCUACUUUUUCAGUAUUUCCAUUU